CCAUAACAAUGGCGUUUGGGGAUGAAUUGCAGAUACAGUUAGGCCUAGGUCCUGAGCAAGCAGCAUCGAAAUGGUUAACAUCGAAAAUCCUAUUACUUCACUACUGUUACAUUUUAAUCGAGUUAGACGUCUACAUCACGUGGUACUUCUAAGCAGUUUAGACCAGGAGAACCCGGUUAAAUUGGAUACGGAGCUUAAUUUUGAGUUUUCAGCAUGGACUUUCUAACAGAUCAAGAUGCGAAAAAGUACCAGGAGGACGGGUACCUGAUCCUGGACGGGCUCCUCAGCCCGGCGGAGUGUGAUGAGCUCCGGCUGAGGAUGGGAGAGAUCGUGGACCGGAUGGACGUUCCAGAACAUUGUCGGAUCCAGUUCUCCACUAAUCACGACGAGCAGUUGAAAACACAGAUGCAGGGAAACGCUGACUACUUCAUCACCAGUGGAGAUAAGAUCCGCUUCUUCUUUGAGAAAGGAGUUUUUGAUGAUAAAGGAGAUUUCACCGUGCCAAAAGAACGCUCUCUCAACAAAAUUGGACAUGCACUCCAUGCCUAUGAGCCUUUAUACAAAACUGCCACUCAUUCACCCAAGAUUCAGGGUAUAGCCAAGAAGCUUGGUCUGAAGAGUCCUGUGAUUUUGCAAAGCAUGUACAUUUUCAAGCAACCAGGGAUCGGUGGAGAAGUGACGCCCCACCAAGAUGCUACAUUCCUCCACACGGAGCCCCUGGGCAGGGUGAUGGGCGUGUGGAUCGCCCUGGAGGAUGCCACCCUGGACAAUGGCUGCUUGUGGUUCAUCCCCGGCUCACACAACAAUGGUAUCACCCGACGUAUGGUUCGGACCCCUGAAGGCACCUAUCCCCUGACAGACUUUGUUGGGAGAGAGGCAACCUAUGACGAUAAGCUGUUCAUACCUGCACCUGUCAAAAAAGGUGGGGUGGUGCUGAUCGAGGGAGAGGUUGUCCAUAAAAGUGAGCAGAACGCGUCAGAAAAAUCGCGCCAUGUCUACACUUUCCACAUCAUGGAGUCUCAGGAGACAAAAUGGAACCCUGAGAACUGGUUACAGCCCACAGAGGACCUUCCUUUCCCUGCCCUGUACACCAAGUAAUCCUGGUUCACUCUGUCUGCCACUACACUGAAUGGAUGGACAGACACCUUCACUUGUCCCUAGAGAAGAUUAGUGAAAACAACUAUCAGAAUUGGGCUGCCUGUGUGUGUGUGCAUGUGCUUCAGGGUAUUAGUCAGAAGACAUGUAGUUAGGCUUUAUAAGAUUAGUGAACAUUUAGUAGUAGCACACUGAAGUGAGCAAUGAACCAAUGUGUUUGUGUGUAGAACAGUUAAUUCAAAUCACGUGUUUUAGCAGUUAAUCUCAUUCAGAUUCCCUUAAGUAUCCAACAUAUCUUCUCUCUGAUCAGAAACAGGUUUGCCUCAUCAAGGUAUGUCUUCCUGAUUGAUCAAUGUGAGACAUUAUGCCCACAAAUAUACCCUGCUAUCUCUGGAUGAAAAACAGACAAACAUCUAGCAUAAAAGGCCUUUAAUGAUGCAACAAUCUGCCAUGCAUUACAAGUGCUUCCUGUCAAAGGCAAGAACAAGCUCAUAAAUUAUCAUUACGGAUUAUUGGAAAAGGCAACAAACAAAAUACUACUUAUUUAUUACAGAUUCAUCAAAUACUGUCAGUUCCAUGCUGAGAAAACAAGUAAACAAACAUUAUAAAAAGAGAAGGUCUCUCCAGAAUGCACAGUAAACUGGAGGAAGGGGAAUUGGAGCCUGGCUGUACCAGACUCAAUGUGCACUCUAUGGUUUGAGUGCCAAUUUCGGUCUAGUUUAACUAGGCUAUGGGAAAGCAGAGGCUCCUAUGGACCACAGGAGGUUGGUGGUACCUUAUUUGGGGAGGAUGGGCUUCUGGUAAUGGCAUCAAAUACAUGGUCUCCAUGUGUUUGAUGCCAUUACAUUCGCUCCAUUCCAGACACUGAGUCAUCCUCCCCUCAGCAGCCUCCACUGCUAUGGACAGUUGUAGUUUAACUUGACAUGUCUGACUCAGAGACGUUUACACAGGCAGAUCAAUUCUGAUAUUUUGCCAAAUUAUUGGCAAACAAGCUGAUCUGAUUGGUCAAGACUAAUUAGUGGAAAAAGAUCAGAAGAAUUGGGCUGCCUGUCUAAACACAGCCAGAUAGCGAAAGAUACAUCUACAGAUAACUAGUAUAGCAUCUCAAUGUUAGCUGAUUUAAUUUUAAAAGGGUACAUGUAGUUACUUUCAUUACACCAUAAAUACAUACCUUCCUGCAGCUUAUAAACACUAUCAGGAAAUGAAUUUAAUCACUUCAAAAUUUAACAAAACAUGAAUUCAAUAUGUUCAUGACAUGUGGCCUUGUUAUAUCAUCUCUACAAUUUAUUUCCAAUAUACAAAUCAGAUCUUGGGGGGGGAUGAACGUUAAGGAAAUUCAUGUAUAUUUUGGAGAGGGUCCUAUCAAAACACCCGGAUAAAAGACAAAGGAUUCAUACAAAACUGAAAAGACACUGUAGGGUAAUUUCUGUAUACAAGUUACAGUAAAGGAUUUCAAAAUGUUUAAUGUCAUGCUAUAGUGUAUAAACUGCUGCCAUAUUGAAGAAUCAACCAGUCUACUUCAACACAAACCAUGCUGUCAGCUAGAGUAUUUACAGUACUAGGUAAUGUGUGAUACAAAAUAUACUUCUUUAAGGCAAAUAUGUCCCGCAAUCAGUCCGUAAUAUUGCCACAACAAGAAAUGCAAAUAAAUUAUAGUCCGAUGAAAUUGUAACAACAAAAAAAUGCUCUGAAAAACAAAUGAUCAAAUUAUGUUCUUCAAAAGGCUGUACAAAGGUAGCUUUCCUUUAGCAAAAAAAAGAAGCCCAUCACAAUUUGUUAAAACGUGCCAUUAACCAGUGUCUGCCAUGACUGCUGAUCAGGGCAGGGAAACUUAAUUCCGGCUAAAAUACAUUUUGUCCAAUGUACUGAACUCCAUCUCCUGUUGUAUAAUUAAGUAGUUUGGGAUUUCAGCGUGUUACAGUGACUCAGGGACAUUCAUCCUCUGUCCCUCGGGAAUCCCCCACCUCCAUCAAGAUAGAGCUGGGUCAUAUUCACUAAUAAUAAUAAUAAUAAUAAUAAUAAUAAUGUGGGUGCUUCUAUUUGUCCUAUUUUACACAUGUGUUAAUACGCAUGUGUGAAUUGGAAAUGUAUUAUUUUCUUGCAUAUCCCAACUCUGAGACACCUUUGCAGAGUGGGUCAUGGCCAGGGUCAGCCAUUAUCAACAGUGGUUAGGCACCAAACAGAAGAAAACAGACUGAAAGGCGGGACUACCCCAAACUUGUCCAAUGAGGAAUGCUCGUUUUCAUUUUCCGUUGCCAAACAUUUUGCUACGGUGUGCCCUAAUGAAUACCACCCUGCUCUCAAACAAAAUUAUUUAACCUCCCUUAUCCUCACCAAGCAACUGAUAUGAAAAAAACCCC